UAUGCAGUUUGUGCUGACACUUGCUCUACAAACUCGAUCACUUCGUCACGCUAGAUUGUCUGACCGGUUGGCCUUCCUCAAAACUCUUUAAUCCUGCCGGAAAAACACGACUCAAGAUGGCUUCUCACCGAACGGCAAACUUCGAGGACAGGCCUUACAUCGACCCUAACCCCCUUCCUUCGUCGGUACCCCAUGUCGACGAGCUGGGCGUGACCAGUGCCCCGUUGAAGAGUGCUUCGUUUGCGAUCGGACAAUACUGCAAGGAUGUCAACGAGGACUUUAUGCUUUGCAAGCAAGAGAACCGAGAUCCGGCUCAUUGUCUGAAAGAAGGGAGAAAAGUGACCCGAUGUGCAGCAGAAAUUAUUACCAAGAUUCGAGAAAACUGCAACGCCCAAUUUGAAGCUCAUUGGCAAUGUCUGGAGAAGAACAACCAGUACUACCAAGCUUGCCGAACACAGGAAGGAGCGCUUAACCGAUGCCUAGCGGACAAGCUUGGCCUGAAGAAGGUUAUCCCAGGGUCGCCAGAGGGAGAGGUCCCUGUGCACGAAAAGAAGAGCCCUGUCUUCACCCGGGUGCAGAAAUAGAUGGGAGAACGGGCCUGGACGCUGGUUCAUGCAUGUAGACGGCAACUUGAGAGGUCAAAGUUAGCAUGGCAAUGGGACAACGGGACUGAUGUAUAUGUCGAGGGGAAGAUCUGGGAUCGAUAUCGAUUCGUGUAAUAUGAUCGCUUCUGGUGCUCGUUAGCUGGCAAAUGCCUCUUUACUGGAUAGCAGAGAAGAGUGCUCGCAACAGCAGCUAAGUAGGUUCAGAAGGCCAUGUCGAUCUUUCAAGGUCGCAGUAGCGGGAUCGGAAGCCGGCAUGGCUCGGCAGCGCGUCUCUUCCAUAUCUUGUAAGACUGAAGACGAUCCUAACUGAAUCGGCCC